AGAUGGCGGCAGCGCCGAGACUGUGCUGCUCUCGGAUAGGGAGUAAUUCAUUAAUAAAUAGUGGAAGAUUAUUAAGUGUCGAUUCCAAAGUGGACGAGAAACGAUGUCCAGAGACCUUACUCGACGUAUGUGCAAAAGUGGUGGCCUUUCAUAUUCCUUUCCAAAGGAUAGAGGAAAGAUAUGAUCGCAUUCCCGAACCUGUGCAGAAGCGGAUUAUUUACUGGUCCUUUCCUCGAAAUGAGAGGGACAUAUGUAUGUACUCCUCUCUUUCUAGUGAUAGCAACAGUUGUAGUGAUUACCAAAAACUUCCAUUUUACCGUGGACUACGCCUUUACGAGAGCGGAUGCGUGGAAAACGUUUUGCAAGUCGGUUUCCAUUUAAGUGGCAUUGUAGCUGCACCUAAGACUUCUAAUAAUAACACACAUCCAAAUUUCUCUGAAAAUGACAAGCGAUGUCGGGUUUCCAUAACAUUUGAUAGGUGUAAAAUAACUUCUGUUACCUGUACAUGUGACACUAAAGACAUAUUUUGGUGCCAACAUGUAGUAGCUUUAGCCCUUUAUAGAAUUAGAAAUGCUGACAGUGUCAGGCUCAGAGUACCAAUUUCAGAAACAUUGCUGCAACUGGAUCGACAACAAUUACAAAAGCUGGUUCAAUACCUCAUUGCUGAACAUCAUACUGAAGUUCUACCAACUGCACAAAGAUUGGCAGAUGAUAUUCUUCAAACUAAAUCGCUUAUUAACAGGAUUGCCGGAGCUCCUGAUCCAACAGCAGGAGCUCCGGCCGAUGAAGAACAUAGCUGGCAUCUUGACGAAGAACAAGUUGGAGAACAAGUUCGUACAUAUCUGUCUCAGGGAAGCUACUACAGCGCUAACAAACAGCUCAACUGCCUUUUUUCUAAAGUCAAGGAAAUGUUGCGAGCAAAGGACUCGAAUGGUGGCAGAAUGUUGCGGCUAAUUACAGAACAGUUCCUAGCAGAUCCAAGGCUAGUUAUCUGGCACUCUCAGGGCACACCUAUGACAGAUAAAUGUCGACAGUUAUGGGACCAGUUAGGUGCAUUGUGGGUGUGUAUAGUCCUGAAUCCACACUGUACUGCCACGGAAAGAGCACACUGGAAAACAUACUUGGAAAAAUGGGCUAGUAUGCAUGUGUGUCCCCUAGAAGAUGCUGAUUUUAGGCCUAUGAGGGGGAACAAUAACAGUCGAAGAAGGCUUUUAGUUGAUGACACAUCAUCGGAUUCCUCUGAUGAAGAUAAUGAUCGACCCAAAGAACGAUCACUGUCUUCAUCUGGGCAUCAUCGGCCAGGUACUUCACAAUUAAGAACUAUAUUCCAUCGAGCGCUUGAAGCCUGCAAUUUAUGCUGGAAUGAUCCUCACCUGAAAUUCAUUUUAAAUAAUGAUAGCCUUAAUUUAAACAGUGAAACUCCAGUAAAAGGGGCCUUCAAUUCUCAGGGAUAUCCCCUGUGGCCAGAACAUAUCCCAACAGCAUGCGCUCGAGUGGAAGCAUUAAGAUCUCAUGGGUACCAGCCAGAAGCUUUACGAUUAGCUGUCGCCAUCGUUCGAACAAUGAAACGUCAACAGAGAGAUUGGCAAUGCCGUUGGCAAGCUGAACAAGAUAGGGGUGUUGCCCCUUGUUCAAGUUCAGGGAUAACUAGCAAUCCAUUGCAUUAUAAUCAAGAAGGAUGGAUUGGGCAUCCUUUGGAUCCUAUUGGAGCUCUUUUUGAUACAUUAGCUGAAUCCUCUUUAAUACCUGAAACCAAAUCAUUUGAUCAAUAUUAUGAUACAAGUGUGAUAAGCUCAUCCAAUGAUGAAGGUAAUCUAACUCCAAGGGAAAGGCCCAGGUAUCAUCAUGUGCCAGUGCCUGGUAGCAGAGACAGAAGCGAAACUUUUUUAUCACUGGCUGUUGAAGCUGCUCUCAUUGGUCUUGGGCAACAAAGAGUAAUGCCUCUUGGUCUGUAUGCACAAGAAAAGGCAUGCAAGCAUGAGGAUCGACUUAUCCAGAAAUUACAUGAUAUUGAAUUGGAUGGAACUUUAGUUGCGGUUCUCAGAAAGCAAGCUAUGCUUUUACUUGAAGGAGGCCCAUUUAGUGGCUUAGGUUGUGGUAUUCAUCCUGAAAGUGUGCCCAUGCACACUUUUGCAAAAUAUUUAUUCACUGCCCUGCUUCCAUAUGAUUCUGAAUUAGCUUACAGUGUUGGCCUUCGUGCGAUGAGGCUACCGAUUUUAGAGGAGCAUGAUGAUAACGAAGAAGUAGCAAUAAAUCCUGCAAUGAAUUCUUCCGUUCUUACUCGUUAUCCUAGGUGGUUUACUUUAGGGCACAUUGAAGUUCAACAGUGUGCCUUAGCCUCUACUAUGCUCUCAGCUGCCAAAAGUGAUGUUGUAAAAUUGCCAACAGUCUUGAAAUCAGCUCAACGUAAUAUUCACAGUUCUUCGCAAUUGUUUAAAUUAGCACAAGAUGCAUUUCGUAUAGCUGUUCCUGCUGAUGGAGGAAGUAGGCAUCCAACAUUACUUGAUGCUGCAUUUCAAUUAGGACUUCAGGUUAUGAGAAUGACGCUAGCUUCUUUAAAUUGGAGGAGACGAGAAAUGGUUCGUUGGCUGGUGACUUGUGCAACAGAGUUGGGUUUAGAAGCAGUUAUAUCAAUUAUUCAGAACUGGUAUCAAUUAUUUUCACCAACAGAAGCCACAGGGCCAGUUGCAACAACAGUUAUGUCUCAUGCAACAGUAAUGCGUCUAAAUCUGGACUUCCGACAACAAGAAGAACUCGCAAGCUGUGCUCGUACCUUAGCUCUUCAAUGUGCCACUAAAGAUCCACCUAAUUGUGCUCUGAAUGCUCUUACGUUAUGUGAAAGUGAUUCUUUUGCUUUUGAAGCUGCUUACCAAAUUGUAGUUGAUGCAGCCACCACAAAUGUCAUGACUUCAUCGCAACUUUUUACUGUUGCACGGUAUAUGGAGCAUCGUGGGUAUCCUCAUCGUGCAUACAAACUGGCUGUUUUAGCUAUGAAGGGUGUCCACCUUGCUUAUAAUCAAGACAAUCACCCUGCCAUAAAUGACAUUCACUGGGCUUGUGCUCUCUCGCAUUCGCUUGGUAAACCAGAGUUGACAAAUCUUGUCCCUCUCCUUGUGAAAAAUGUGCAAUGUGCCACUGUGCUUUCCGAUAUUCUGAGACGUUGCUCGAUGGCUGCGCCAGGUAUUGCAACUUUGGACGCUAAAAGGCGGUGUAUCAAGCCUCUUUCUUUGGACAAACCUCCUUUGCGUCAGCUCUUGGAGGCUGCCAUAUCAGCGUAUGUGAACACCACACACUCCCGUCUGACGCACAUAAGUCCUCGCCAUUAUGGUGACUUUAUAGAGUUCCUUGGUAAAGCGAGAGAGACGUUCCUACUGGCACAAGAUGGCCAUAUCCAAUUUGCACAGUUAGUUGACAAUAUGAAAUCUGCAUACAAAGGUAAAAAGAAGCUCAUGCUCCUAGUCAAGGAAAGAUUUGGCUAGCUACAUGCAAUUACUGAACAUUGAGCAGCCUUGUGUUUUCUUUCUUUUUGUACUACUGACUGACUCUCAAUCGGGUUGAUAAUAUUUCCCGUGAAGCUGUGAUUUGCUGUUUUAGUGAACAGAUUGGGAUACCUGAAUCUAUGGGGCCCAUCAUGUAUUGUUCCAGGAGAGCAAUAGGAAAUUGCCUUGCGUCAGUUACUAUAUAUUAGCAGGAUUUUUUUUUUUUCUCUGGACACAAAUAAUUUGUACAAUACAAAACAAUUCUUUGGUGGCAUUUUCAAGAUAAUUGGUUAAUCAAUCUUAAAAAUUAAAAUUAUGUAUGUGCUAUGCUUUUUUUGCUCUUUACAUCAGAAACUCCCAUUUUUAAUUUUAAAAAUUGAUGUUGAAAUUUUAUCAUUUGAUAUUUCAUUUAUUCAUGUUGGCAUUUUUUUAAUAUCCUUUAUAAUU